AUGAGCAAGCCUCUGAGAAAUCGCCAGUCCUGCGUAGGCCUUCACGUUGAGGAAUUGCCAACGCCAGUAUUACUGAUCAGCAAGCCUAUUGUUGAGCGGAACAUUGCGCAACUUCACCAGGACGUUGAAAGCGCAGGCCUUACCUUCAGGCCUCAUGUCAAGACUCUCAAGGUCCUGUACGGUCUUCCGAUCAAUAAGACGGCCUUAGCGGAGCUAUCUCAAAUUCGAGAACAUGUUGACGUCGUAUUGUUGAUCGACCACGAUCAACACAUCGACCUGAUCGAGGGGUUCGGUUACAAAAAUCCUUGGAGAGUUUUUAUCAAGAUCGAUGUGGGUAGCAAGCGCGCAGGAGUGCCCCCAAGCAGCGCCAGGCUUCCCGCGCUAGUCAAGCGGGCACUAGCAUCUCCAUCUGUGUCGCUUUUCGGCUUCUACUGUCAUGCCGGCCAUUCGUACGCAUGCAAAACAACUCGCGAAGCGGAAGACGUCCUCAGAAAUGAAGUCGAGGGGGUCCUUUACGCGGCGAGUCUCGUACCGCCCACGCAUUCUAUCACGGUAUCUAUAGGAUCCACGCCGACGGCACACGUUGUGAAGAGCAUCAAAGCAGCUGCUCCUCCGAAUGUGGCCAUUGAGCUGCAUGCUGGAAACUUCCCCACGAACGAUCUACAACAAGUAUCAACCGGACUGGUCGCAGAGGACCAGCAGGCAAUUCGAAUCCAAGUGGAAGUUUGCAGCAUAUAUCCAGAGAGAAAUGAGGCACUUGUGAAUGCGGGAACCAUUGCUUUGUCAAAGGAGACCAGCGCCUUUCCAGGGUUCGGAAACGUGGUAGAGAAGCCAGCGUGGUACGUUGGUCGCAUGUCCCAGGAACACGGAAUACUCGUCACGGAGCCGGGGAACGGGCGGUUCGCAGAAGAGGAGUUCCGUGUUGGGGACAAACUGCGCCUUUACUGCGCACAUUCGUGCAUCACGGCCGCUGCAUUCCCGGAGUACUAUGUAGUCGACGAACAUGACCGUGUCUCUGAAGUGUGGAUUCCGUGGAAGUGGUGGUAA